UUUCACUCUGAUGUUGUUGUGUGGAACUAAGAUAUGGAGAGAAGCACGGGAAUGUCUUCUCAUGUCAACCAGGCAAUUACUGAAUGCAUCACUCUGGAGCAAGACCAAUUCAUGCCAAUAGCAAACAUGGUCAAAAUCAUGCGCAGGAUCCUUCCUUCGCAUGCCAAAAUAUCCAAUGACUCCAAACAGACCAUACAAGAAUGUGUCUCUGAGUUCAUAAGCUUGAUAACAUUGGAAGCCAACAAUCGUUGCCAGAGUGAGCAGCGCAAGACCGUCACCCAUAAAGACAUUCUUUGGGCCAUGAGCAAGGUUGGUUUUGAUGACUUCAUUGAACCAUUGACUUUGUACUUGAAUCAAUAUCGUGAGUUUGAUGGUGGUGAGAGUGAAUCCCUGAGAGGGGAGCCUUUGUUGUUGAAGCACCAAAUAGCUCAUCACCAUGGUUACUUUGUGUCUCCACCGCCAACAGGAAACAAUGAUAUGCAGGGGAUACAUCAAAUGGAAGCACUUCUCAGUGUGCACUGGCUUCCGUGGAUAGUGACAUUGAGUCUCUUGUGGAAGAGGGUAAGGAGUGAUCAGUUACUCUACUGAAGGAACUAAGUGAAAAAUGUGUCUCUUGUACUAAGGAAUUAGACUAUGUUUUCUCUGGCACCUAAUUUGCGACCUGUUGACAAUCUAGGAUAGUUUUAAAUUUGCCAAGUUUAAUAAUGCAUCUUUUGGACUAAA